UGUUCACAUUUCUCCUCUAUUCUAUUCACUAGUCCAACAAACUGCACUCUGGUCGUGGAUCCCGUUGGAAUGGUUAGCCAGGAAAGGGCAAGACGCUUGCAGAACCGCAUCCAGCCGCAGCACGCAAGGUUUCACGAGCAGACGAGAGGUUAAAAUCACGAAAAAGGGGUUCUAAUUCCUUUUGCAACGCUCCGGAAACCAAUCAUCUGCAGAGAACGCACCAGAAGGCAGGCCGGGGAAUCUGCGCCCGAGGCACACGGGCGUCUUCAAAGGAAUCCAUCGGAAAGCGCACCGGCAAUCUCACAAAGGAAGUGACCGGUUUUCUGCCGGUUUGUGGCGCGAAACCCCAAAGAUAUCGUCGAAUAAUCCACGAAAAUGGACGUGGAAGUGCCGUUCGUGGAGCAAAUCCGGUCUCAGAGACGCAGCGAGUUGAAAUGGGACCAAAAAACGCACCGCAAAAAGGAACUGGACCGGAAUCGUGCCGGAUUAGGCGAGCUGCAUCACUCGCUCGGCGUGAUGGAAACCAUAACCGAGGCGGAAAUCAAGGGGCUAGCCGGGCGGAUCAAACGCCGGAAGCGCUGCGAACCGCUGGACCUUGUGCGCCUCAGUUACGGCUUUCAGCAGAGCCGUGAGAACAUAUCGCACUUUAUCCGCAUCACCGGGGCCAUCAACGUGAUCGUUAAGGAGCUGACUGGCCACGAUUACAACCUGCAGCUGUUGGCCGCCGAAUGUAUCUGCAACCUGUCGCUCGGGGACGACGUGUGCUGCGAGAAGAUUUCAUCGUUCGCCGGAACGUAUCUGAUAGCACUGGCCGAAAAUCCCAACUGUCGGCCGCUCCAACAGACCUGCCUUUGGAUUCUGCAAAACAUCGUCGGUUCCAGCCCCAAAGGAGCGCAGGUGCUGUUUUCGCAGGGCCUGGUCGUGGUGCUGAUUCGACUGCUGUCCACCGUAACGGAUCACGAAGCGGCCGAUGAUAUUAUUCUCACGCUCGAACUGGCACUCAACUAUAAUCUAGAGACUGACGCCACGCUAAACCAAAUCGUGCAGUGUUUCACCGGAAAAGCCCUUCACCCGAGUAGUCUACGGCUGCUUUACAAAUGCUACAAUCUAAUCCCGACUCAGGAGGGUACUACGGCUCACGGCGAAUGUUUGGAUGAUAUAAUUCGAGGAUGUCUCGAUUUCCUGGCCAGUGUUCUUGGAACGUAUCUUGAAUCACAGGCCGCCUCGAUUCUGCUCUCCAUCCGGAUCCUUGCCCACCACCUAGCAACGAGUCCCGGCAGCCAAAACACCAUGGUAACGCAUCUGAUGAAUAGGAAUACUUUGAAAUUCUGUGACCUCUUCAACGAGUGUGCUGCGUCAAACCUUGUGCCGCUCUGCAAGGAGUUGCUAUGGUUUCUCGGUCAACUUCACUCGUUCUGCGGUGAAGAUCCAGCACAGCUACAAACUUAUCUUGCCUUCGACAAUUUCGUGGAGCAUUUGAAUGUUCCAAACUCCCUUAUUUGAAACAAUCGCACUGAUUGAUCCCGAAUUUAUGUACACUGGAUGAAAUAAGUAUUUAUUGAAUUGAAUUGGUGCAGACAAGGAAUAAAUU